AUGUUGCUUUCAGUGCUCCAGAGCGCUGUGUGGCUGCUGCUGCGCGCUCUGUCCAGUCUGCUCCUCGCCCUGCUCGCACUCUUCCAAAACAUCGGCGGGGCCAAGGAGCCCCGGACUGUCCCGCCUGCGGUCCGCCCGCUCCUUUUGCUCUCGGGACUGGAGUCAGCGCGCAGGAUUCGGCGAAGGGAGGUACAGUGUGUGGAUAUAAUACAAGCAUAUAUCAACAGAAUUAAGGAAGUCAAUCCCAUAGUCAAUGCUCUUGUCACAGAUAGAUUUUCAGCUGCCUUGAAAGAGGCCCAGCAGGUGGAUAAAAGACUUGCCGAAGGAAAUGAAGAUGAAAAAUCACUUGAAGAGAGUGUUCCUUACCUUGGUGUCCCUUUCACUGUCAAAGAAGCAUUUGCAUUGGAGGGUUCAUCCAAUGCUUGUGGAGUUGUAAGCCGAAAGGACGUAAUUUCCUUUGCAGAUGCUGCAGUUGUGAAUGCUCUUCGAAGAGCUGGUGCCAUCCCUUUAGGUGUCACAAACUGCAGUGAACUGUGUAUGUGGUAUGAAUCUAGUAACAAUCUAUAUGGGAUGACCAGAAACCCAUAUAAUCUGGAUUGUACUGCGGGUGGAAGUUCAGGUGGUGAGGGGUGCAUUAUUGCUGCAGCGGGGUCGGUAAUGGGCGUGGGUUCUGAUAUUGGUGGCAGUAUUCGAAUGCCUGCCUUCUUUAAUGGAAUUUAUGGACACAAACCUACCACAGGUUUGGUACCCAAUGAUGGUCAUUUUCCAGAAGUAACGGGUAUGAGAUUGAAAUUCCUGUGUAGUGGUCCCCUGUGUCGUUAUGCAGAGGAUCUCAUUCCAAUGCUCAAGGUCAUGGCUGGCCCAAACAUUUCCAAGCUAAGGCUUGAUGAAGAAGUAUGUAUGAAGAAAGUCAAAUUCUACUCCAUGGAAAAUGAUGGGGGAUCUUCAUUUGUGUCCAAAGUGGAUAAUGAACUUGUUCAAGCUCAGAGGAGGUUAAUUGAAUACCUCGAAGGGCAAUUUGGUGUUCAGGUGCAACACGUUCGUAUUCACAAAAUGAAGUAUGCUUUUGAGAUAUGGGCAGCAAUGAUGUUCUCUCCUCAGUUUGAUGCCAAGGAAUAUCAGCCUUUCAAAAAUUUGUUGGAAGAUUGUGGGAAGAAAUUUAAACCAGUGACGGAACUUGUGAAGAAAAUUCUGGGACAGUCCUCACACACAAUUCCUGCUAUAGGUCUUUGUAUUCUGGAGGAUUAUGUCAAGAUAAGUGAGCGUAGUUCUGCUGAUCUAACGAGCAUGUGCCAAAAUCUUGAAACUGAGCUUAGCAAUCUUCUAGGAGAUGAUGGUGUAUUUUUGUAUCCAUCUCAUCCAAAAAUUGCGCCCAGACACCAUCACCCUAAACUGAUGCCUUUUAACUUCACAUACACAGCCAUUUUUAAUGUGCUUGGGCUGCCAGUGACUCAGUGUCCACUUGGACUGAGCAAAGAUGGACUGCCAAUUGGAAUUCAGCUUGUGGCCAAUCACCAUUAUGACCACCUUUGUCUGGGAGUGGCUCGACAUUUGGAGAGUGCCUUUGGUGGAUGGCAAAAUCCAGGAGCUCCCUGA